AUGCAAGAAGUCAUUGUCAUUGGAGAGGAGGUAGGUAACGACGGAGAAAUCAACAUUGAAGCUGACGUGCAGGCUGGUGUCGGCAAGGCAGUGGUUGUUAGCUCGGCUAAGGGAGCACGCAACGACAUCACUGGGCACUGGGCACGGCCUGGUGAACAGGUAGUGCCGACUGGAUCUUCGAUGUUUGGGUUAGCCAGGAGUGGUAGCAGUGGAUGCUGGGCAUAG